AUGGUUCAGAUCAACAGCUCAAUGCUACUCAAAACUUUCGGCAUCAUGAGUGCCGGUAUCGACUGCUCUGCGGCAACUGUCUCAAACAGCUUGCUACUAGCUGAGGUUGCCCAGCAGCUAUCCCUGCCAGCAUCGACAUGGUCAGCUAGCGGCACACACACGGCGAAAGGAUAUACCAGCAAAUCAGCGGAGACAGCCUCUGUAGAGGGCUUGAAGCAGGACUGCGACAACAUCAAUCUCAACAAGAAGUUGGCCAUCGACUUCCGCAGCGAUGUUUUUGGCCCCGGGGUUACAGGGUUCUUCUACAAAUGCGAGAAGGUUAGCAACGAUACCAACAACUAUUGGUUCACUAUUAGUGCGGGUGAGAAGACUCAAAUCGACAAAAUUUGUAACCCUGGCACUACCUAUCCCAUUGUGCAUGAUCAGCAACAUGAUACUUGGUUCAUUGAUGAGCCUUUCGAUUGUAUUCGGCAAACCAAUCCGACAGACUUCGUUUGA